AUGCCGCGUAAAAAGGCUGCAGACCGCGUGGGUCCGGUCAAGACCCGAAGCCGUAGCGGCUGCAAGGAAUGCCGCGCGAGUCGAGUCCGCUGUGACACACAAAAGCCGAUCUGCACCAGGUGUCGGGAAAGGGGCUUAGUUUGCUCAACUCAACUGGUCCUGAAAUGGGAGUCGGAGUUUGUGAGCCGAGGGCUUGCCUUUGGUCGAGCUGGCGUUUGGAGUAAGUCCGGCCCUCAGUCCAAGACAUCGCCGCCCUUAGCUUCUCUUCUGGAUGACGACCAAGAAUGGUGCGAUAUUCCCUUCAUUGAGUCUUGGGGGUUUGUUAACAGCGGGGUCUCGACUUUUGAGCAACCUGACCAAGUCAACGUUGCUUGUGAUGAACUAAAUGCGGUGGUGGUUCGCGACAAAGGGAAAGGAAGGCUCGCAGUCAAGUCAAGCUGGCCUGCGCUAGUAGAUAUCUCAAAAUAUGGGCCAAUCCUACAACAGUUGCCGCAGCCUACGGCCUCCUUACCGUUGUUUCCCCACGUUGCUGGGCAAAACCAGGGGCACCUUUUCGAGUAUUAUCUCCAGCAAGUGUGUCCCCGUACAACUGCCAGUUCGAAGCUGUCAUCGCCAUUCGCAUCAAUAAUUCUUCCGUUCUGUCUAUCUGCGUCGCCAAUCCUGUUCAAAGCGAUCCAGGCACUUGGGGCAUGUCAUUGGUCUCGAUUUGAUCCGACCUACGGGGUCAUAGGGCUCCACCUCAAGUCCGAAGCGUUGAGAGGCCUCCGCCAUCGACUUGCAACGGAAGGAACCUUGAGCUGCUCGACAGAUCCUGAAGUGCUGGCUAUCAUGAUGAUGCUGUGCCUGUAUGAAAUCGUGGAUAAUUGUGAUGAGCGCUGGACGAUCCAUCUGAAGGGAGCCAAGGACUUAAUCCGCCUCAGAAGGCAACAGACAAUGGUUUCUAAGUCCUAUGGUGCCCAAGAUCCUAUUACAACCUUUGCCGAAUUAUUCUUUGCUUUCCAAGAUGUCAUGGGCCGUACUGCUUGCGGCGAGGAAGUGUUAUUUGGAAGUGACUAUUGGCAAGAGAAUGAACGUAACAUCGAUUUGUGGAUGGGCUGCAGUCCGGAACUUGUCUCUAUAUUGUCCUCUAUCACAGAAUUGAGCCGGACAAGACGACAACUUGCUUCCGAUUCUGCCCGUGCGGCUUUCUCUUUACGAGCAGCUUCUCUGGGACACAAGCUCGAGAAUUUGGUCCAGGAAGUCGACGACGAUGCUGACGAUCAAACACUCCAGACCGCCGCAGAGUUGAAGCGGUUAGCUGCAGUUUUGUAUUUGCAUUGUGCUUUGUAUGGGGCGUCCCCGUCUACCCCGUUGGUUGUUACCUACGUUCGGAAGAUUCUACGACUCGUAUCAGAUUUACUUGAUUCUGGAUCACUAGUCAGUAUGACAUGGCCUGUCUUUGUGGCUGCUGUGGAAUUAGACCCCCUUCACGAUGAGGUGUGGUCUGAUGGCGAGAUUGUUGUGUACGGCCGACCUCUUGUGCUACGUGCGAUGGCUGCGAUGGCGGAAUCGAGUGUCUCGAAUGUUGCGCGUACGAGAGCAGUCAUCGUCAAGGUAUGGCAGGCCAGGGACAGUGACAUGCUGAAAGGGCCUUCCGGUGAUUCGAUAGAUCACACGAUGGGCUGUAACGAUUGGGAAUGGUAUGUAGCGCCAAUUAGUACUGCCAUGAGUUUGGCAUGA